CGAGUGCAGUGAAUUACCAUCAUGAAAGUAGCAAUCGUCGCAUUCUCUUUGUUGGCAGUCGCCUUCGCCGCCGAUCAGAUCCCGAUCCUGGCGCAGGAUUCGCAGGUGGAUUUCGAUGGGACGUUCCAGCAUUCGUACGAAACGGGGAACGGCAUUAGGGCUCAGGAGCAAGGCGUGAUUAAGAACGCUGGAAACAAAGAUGCGGAAACCGCCGAGGUUCAAGGAUCUUAUCAGUACACGGCUCCGGAUGGCACUCCCAUUAAUCUGCAGUACAUUUCCAACGAGAAUGGUUUCCAACCGCAGGGUGCCCAUCUCCCAGUUGCUCCCACACCGCCUCCAAUUCCAUCAGCCAUCCUCAAAGCUUUGGACUGGAUCGCAGCUCAUCCGCAACCGCAGCAGAAAUUGUAAAAUAGACUGUCCACGUUUUUAUUUUCGUUUUUGAAUAUUUGCCACCAAUCAUUGUUUUCUCACUGUUUUAACUGUAUGCAUGUUUGGG